AUGGUCAACCGUUCAGAUGUCACCUACUUUGGGGCUGGCCCCGCUCCUCUCCCCACCGAGGUGCUCGAGAGAGCCUCACAGGCGCUGCUGAAUUACAGAGACAAGGGCAUUGGUCUCUGCGAAAUCUCCCAUCGCUCGCCCGAGGCCAACGAGAUUCUCGCAGAGGCGAAGCAGGCCCUCACGCAACUGCUCGAGAUACCCGACGAUUACGAAAUCCUCUUCCUUCAGAGCGGCGGUACCGGCGAGUUCAGUGCGGCUGUCUACAAUCUUGUCUCGAUAUGGGUAGAGAAGAAGCGAGCAAAGAUUGCCCAAGAGGUGGGCGAUAACAAGGACGAGGUGCUCAAAAGACUUCGCAAGGUAGUGGAUGAAGAGCUCAAGCUUGACUAUCUCGUCACGGGCUCGUGGUCGCUCAAGGCAUCGCAAGAAGCCGCCCGCCUUGUAGGAGCCAAGCACGUCAAUGUAGCCGUCGAUGCGCGUACAGCCAACAAUGGCAAAUUCGGGAAGAUCCCCUCCGAGGACCAGUGGGCCCUUACGUCGCGCUCAACGGGCGGGCCGGCCUUUGUAUAUUACUGCGACAACGAGACUGUCGACGGAGUCGAGUUCCCCUCGUUCCCACAGAGCCUAGAGGGCGAUGACGCGCCCCUGGUCUGUGCCGACAUGUCCUCCAACUUCAUUUCCCGCAAGGUCGACGUGAGUAAGUAUGCAGUCAUCUUUGGUGGCGCGCAAAAGAACAUUGGCAAUACCGGUAUCGCUAUCGUCAUCAUGCGGAAGUCACUUCUUCCGCCUCACUCGACGCCGGCCUCGCCCGACCUGCUAAGAGAACUUAACUUGGCUGUGGGCCCAAUUGUACUCGACUACCCUACGAUUGCAAAAAACAACUCUCUGUACAACACUUUACCCAUCUUUGAUGUUUGGGUGGCUGGUCAGGUCAUGUCUGGACUUGUCAACUCGUACGGAGCUAAGCGUAUUGGCGGCCAGGAGGAAAUCUCAAACGAAAAGGCCAGCCUUAUCUAUGGGACGCUCGAUAAGUAUCCAGACAUCUAUCAAGUUGUCCCAGACAAGUCUGCGCGCAGUAGGAUGAACAUUUGCUUUAGGGUUCAUGGCGGAGCUGAAGACAAAGAAAAGGCUUUCCUCUCAGGCGCAGAGAAGAAAGGUCUACUUGGUCUGAAGGGACACAGGAGCGUCGGUGGUAUUCGUGCUAGUAAUUAUAAUGCGGUCUCGCUAGACGGUGCGAAGCUACUUGUCUCAUAUCUCGAAGAAUACGCAAAGUCGACCUAA